AUGGAUCUAGACUGGCAAAGAAGUGGUGUGAAAGAGAAAUGGGGAAAAGCCGAGGCCCGCGGUGACGGCGUCAGAGUUUCACCCGGGGAGGCGAGCGGCAGCGGGACGGGGGAACGGCGGGGUAGCCAAGCAACGCCGGACGCGCUGACGUCGCCGGGGCGGCAAAACGUCCGCCCGGGCCCGAGGCGGGCGGAGGCAGCUGUGGUUACGUGCGGGGGGCCGGUGACGCAGUCGCGGGGCGCUGGGACGCGGCGUGCCGAGCCGGCCGGCGGGGGCAGGCCCCAGGGCCCGGGCGCGGCAGCGGGACAGCACCUACCUUCCCGGCUUCAGGUCCGGGAGUGCGGGGCGCGGAGCCGCCGGAGCGCUGCCUCCCUCCUUCCUCCUCCCCCCGCCCCCGCCCCGCAGCGCGACACACAAUACUCGCCGGAAGCGGAAGCCGCGCCGAGAGGCUCGUGUCAGUGGAAGCCUUGGUGUCGGCUGGCGGCCGCCGCAAGGCCUAGUAGUGCCUGCGGAGAAGGAGAAGGAGGGGGUCAGAGCCUUCCUGCUUUCCUCUUCUGUUACUGGAAGCUUUGCACGCCUGUGACUUUGGAGGAAGACUCUGCUGAUAGAGAGAGAGACAGAGCCUGA